UCCCCGCCCCCGAGGCCGCCACGUCCCUCACGUACCACCCGGCCGAGCCGCGGAGCGGCUACCUGGUGCCCGGGGCUCCGGCUCCUCCGGCGGGGCUCGGCAUGAGGCUGGCGCGGCUGCUGCGCGGAGCCGCCUCGGCCGGCCCGGGCCCCAGGCUGCGCUCCGCCCGCCCAGGCGCCAGCCGUAGCCUCACCUCGGACUCGGGCUCCGGCCCGGCGCCAGAACGCGGCGUUCCGGGCCAAGUGGACUUCUACGCGCGCUUCUCGCCAUCCCCUCUCUCCAUGAAGCAGUUCCUGGACUUCGGAUCUGUGAAUGCUUGUGAAAAGACCUCAUUUAUGUUUCUGCGGCAAGAGUUGCCUGUUAGGUUGGCAAAUAUCAUGAAAGAAAUAAGUCUUCUUCCAGAUAAUCUUCUCAGGACGCCAUCAGUUCAGUUGGUACAAAGCUGGUAUAUCCAGAGUCUUCAGGAGCUUCUUGAAUUUAAGGACAAAAGCGCUGAAGAUGCUAAAACUGUUUAUGACUUUACAGAUACUGUGAUACGGAUCAGGAACCGACACAAUGACGUGAUUCCCACCAUGGCCCAAGGUGUGAUUGAAUACAAGGAGAACUUCGGGGUGGAUCCCGUCACCAGCCAGAAUGUUCAGUACUUUUUGGAUCGUUUCUACAUGAGUCGCAUUUCAAUUAGAAUGUUACUCAAUCAGCACUCUUUAUUAUUUGGUGGAAAAGGGAAAGGAAGCCUGUCUCAUCGAAAGCACAUUGGAAGCAUAAAUCCGAAUUGCAACGUGGUUGAAGUUAUUAAAGAUGGCUAUGAAAAUGCUAGGCGUCUGUGUGAUUUGUAUUAUAUUAACUCUCCUGAACUAGAACUUGAAGAACUAAAUGCAAAAUCACCAGGACAGCCAAUACAAGUGGUUUAUGUACCAUCCCAUCUCUAUCACAUGAUGUUUGAACUUUUCAAGAACGCAAUGAGAGCGACGAUGGAACACCACGCUGACAAAGGUGUUUACCCACCUAUUCAAGUCCAUGUCACACUGGGUAAUGAGGAUUUGACUGUGAAGAUGAGCGACCGCGGAGGUGGUGUUCCUCUGAGGAAAAUUGACAGGCUCUUCAACUACAUGUACUCAACUGCACCCCGGCCUCGCGUGGAGACAUCCCGAGCAGUGCCUCUGGCUGGUUUUGGGUAUGGAUUGCCCAUAUCCCGCCUUUACGCACAAUACUUCCAAGGGGACCUAAAGCUGUAUUCCCUAGAGGGUUAUGGGACAGACGCGGUUAUCUACAUUAAGGCUCUGUCAACAGAAUCAAUAGAAAGACUCCCCGUGUACAACAGAGCUGCCUGGAAGCAUUACAACGCCAGCCAUGAGGCCGAUGACUGGUGUGUCCCCAGCAGAGAACCAAGAGACAUGACAACAUUCCGUAGUGCCUAGAUACGUUUGGGACACCUGGGAAAUCCAGAUGUGGCUUUUGUAUUAAAUUUGGAAGGGAUGGUGUUCAGAACUACAUUAUCACCAAAUACUUCCUGUGUUGAUUUCACAGUUAACUGUUUGGGUAGAGUAAGUGGAAAGUGAAUUCCAUUUAUGCCUGUUAAUCUCCUAAAGGAUGAAACUGUACCUAUUUUACACUUAUGUUUUCACAGUUAAUUGAACAUAUUUUUAAACAACUGUAGUUUUGGUCAACUUUCUCUUUACAGUAGACUUCAGAAAUAUGAAAGUCUUUGGGUUUCUACAGGAAGCUCUGUGGUGGUUCUUUUUUUUUUUUUUAAAUACUUUCGUGUCUGCUAGAGACAUUUUCUUAAUACUGACUAGCUAGUUAGCCAUUUCUCUGUUUUUAGAGGAGUUCUGCCAUCCUGUAAGUAGUGUGACAGAUGUAAUAAGAUGGUCUUCAGAUUUAGGUGACUAGCUACAAUUAAAGCAGUCAGCAGCUGCCCCAUAAGUAUAGAACCAGCCACCUUUCAGUAUCUACAUGCAUUGUCUUUACUCUGCAGUUAAUUUAUCAUUUUUUAAUUUUAUUGCAAAGGGUUGUAAUGACUGGUUUCUUAUGGAGCUAAGCUAAGAUCAUGGGCAGUCUGCUUUGAAUGUGCUUAUGAUUGAUGCAAGGGGAAAUUUUUAUACUGAAAGACAAACUAACAGCUGCUAAAAUUCUAAACUGAAUUUAAGAAAUUGAGAGCAAGGCAGUGAGUCCCCAAAACUGAACUAUUGAUUAUUGAGAUUACCUGAGGGAGCUUCUGAGAGUUUUUCUGGGCCCUACUCCAGAUAUACGGAAUCAAGACUCUGCAGCUGGAGCCCAGGAAUCUAAAUUUUUAAAACACUUCCUAGAUGAGUCCGAUGCCUCACCUAGUUAGGAAAGUGUGCUUUUAAAGUGAGUAAUGAUAUCAUGGUUGCUAAAGUGACAGAUUUUUAGGUUUUGGUUUUGACCUAUCAAAAGGUCAGAUUUCUCGACUCUAGGAGAGACAAACUGGUGCAAUUAGAAGCAUAAUUAGAAACAGGAGACAAAUUGACUGUGGGAGAAUAGUCAGGUAACUGAAGGAUUAGAACCAUAGGUGUACAAGUAUUGACAACAUACAUUUUAUAAAAAUUAUCUACACUUUUAUCAGGAAAAAGUCACCUUGGGCUUAUCACAACAGCCCUUUGCAUUCAUAUGGUAAUUUGAAAACACGAAUACCUUGGUAUAUUAUGAUACCUCUGUCGGGCUUUAAAACAUCAAUACAGAGCAGGCGGUAUCAUCUUUGUUUUGAGACAGAGUGUGGCCCAAAGCUGCCCAGAAUUGGAGGCUGGGCUCCAGCUUUAUCUGCCGAUCACUGUCAGCCUGGUCUGAGAGACCAUGAAAUUAAGGAGACAAAGUUGUUAGUCGUACCUCAUCUUCUAAGCUGACAGGGAAAUACACUGAAAAUAAAUUUUAAAUUAAUAUUUUAAAUGUUUGAAGAACAGCUUUACUAUUGUAGACGGUGAACUUUAUUUACCAGGAAAAUACACUGAGUUGAAACACCCCAUUCUCAGGAUUAUGUAAGUUUAACAAUUCUAUACGCAUUUAUAACUUGGAAGAGUUGUUAAAGGGCCGUUAGUCCAGGAUCCUCACCUAAGGGAUGAGGGUCCUGAAGGCUGGUUGGCAGCUCCUGCUGCUCAGGCCACUGAAUGGGGUGGAGUGGCCACUGAGUGGUCUUCAGCUGCUUUUCCACAAACUCUUAAAAUGGAAAAUAGGCUGAUGGAAAAUAAACAGGUUUUUUUUUAAAAAAAAAAAAAAAGAGAGAUGAAGAUCCUGAGAUUCGGGGUGUGGGGUUUGCCCGGGGCUAAUUAGCUGUGACCACAUGUCGGAAAAGAUCUUUUCCGUAUUAUUCCUUAAUCAUGGAUUUUUAUUAAAAAAAAUAGGAUAUGCUAGUGGAUUGUUUAUAUUAGUUCAGUGUGUUAGUUUUUUAGCUUUAAAAUUACACUUUUCUUGUGAUGAAGUAUUUUCAAAUCCUUGGAAUCAAAGUAUUAACUUUCUUUCCUAAAUGAGACAUUUGUACAACGGACAUAGACGAUGUUUUUACUUAUGAAAUGCCCCUCACAAAAUUAAAGUUUUUCCCUCUUUAAGAGCUAAGAAAUAGCGUUUUCAAAGGAAAAGUGAAAUCUUUUCCUUUAGCUUCUUUUUAAAGAUAUAACAGCUUUUUUUUCACUUUGUUACUGAGGUAAGGGACAGAAAAUUACAUGCAAAAAUAUUCAGGGGGAUAGCUUUCUCCUAGUUGGUUUUAAAUCAUUGUGCUACCUAAAAAGUUUAAAUUCUUACACUAUUUUUCCACCAGCAUUUAAUAUGAUGCCAUGUAGAUUUAAAAAUAUAUACUGAAGGCUAAGAAGUGGAUACUGAUUUUUUUUCUACUAACUGGGGCAUUUAAUGAAUGUGCCAACAGUUUUUAGGAAUAAUUGCAAAAAAUAUUCUGCCCUAUACUUAAAAUAUUGGCUGGCUUUAGAUGUCUUCAUACUUAAAAGUGAAGAAAGUGAUCACUGUUACAUGAAGAUGUUGAAGUGGCAGGCUCCCCUCUUGUUUUAUAAGAUGCUGUGUAUGGCAAUAAACUGAAAACAUGGAUUAACUCUUAUUCUGAAAGGAAAUUGGGUCAAUUUAGGUUUUUUUAAACUAUAAUUAUGUUUUUAAAAUAAAGGUCUCUUUCAUCAAGGGUCGGUGUUCUGUAAACGUUAAAGAAGUCACAGCUAAGGGGUCUACCACAUCUCACUAUGUUCAGUGGAGGGAGGGCUUGGGAUUUACAGCGUGUCUAUUCUAAUGGCGAAAGCGAGCGGUAGAGUUCGUACGGUUUGAAUUAUGGUAGAUUUUUGUUACGCAGACAUCCACAGAUGACUGACUUAUUGCAUAAAUGAACAUCUGUUGUGUGAUUUUUGAAAGGUUAUAUUCAUGUGCUCUUUGAAUAACUUCUUAUAAUGUAAGUAAUGUAGGGAAAGUCUUAAUUUAACUGCCAUUACCCUCUACUUGCACCAGCUGAAAGUCAGAACUAAACUACUCUAGUCAAAGGUAGUUUCCUGCCCUGCUCCUGAUUGAUGGGCUGUGACCACAGCCUCCCUACACUGUUAAAGUUCCCUAGCAGGACUCCCCUGUUAAAGACCUGGGGAAAUACAUGACUAGCGUCAGGGCCCCUUUGUGGCCUCGUGAGCAGCCAGAGAGGAAGCCCCAAAUCAGUCAACCAGUUUCAGUUUUAUAUCUUUAACUGCUGCGCCAUCAAUGUGAAGUUUUAACAGAAGUGUCAGCGGGGUUGAGUUAAGCUGGUUUGCAAAUGUGGCUCUUCCUGGAGGAACUUUCCAUCAUACUGUAUACGAUUAACUUCUGGCUCCAAUCAUUAAUUUUCUUAUAGUCAAACCCAGUGCACCUGAAGAAACGUGGCACGAAGGAUUUUAUGUAUGUCAGAAAGAACGCACCACUGGGUUGCUUAGCCUGGCAUUCCUCAACUACUGUGCCUUUUGUCUGCCUACAUGUUUGGAAAGAAUUAGACAUAUACCACCCACUCUUCAUACUUCUUAAGCAGUCUCUAACCAUAGGCUUUUAACAGCAGGAGACAAGACUGCGUUUCUUAAAAAAUUUGUAAUACGAGAUUUCAUCUGUGUUUAUAUUAGAACAAUUCUUGUCACAUAGUAAACAACAUAGGUGUGUAUUACUGUUAUUAUUAACAGUCUUUCCUCACUGGGACCAAUACUGUAAAUAGCCCAACUAUGGUAUAAAAAAAAGUUCAGAACCGAGGUUGCAUUUUUGGAGUUUGGAAUGUAUUCCUAGGUCCCUUCAUCCUGGUGCAAGUUUGCCAGUUUUUGUUGCAAAACUUCAGUCUUUUUUUUCUGGUCUUGGAAGAGUUUUUAUACUGAGGAAUAGUGGCAGCUACCGUUUGCUUUGUUAAAUUAGAGAUUUUUAAGCAAAACUAUCCAGUAAAAUAAAGCAGAGACACUUCGAUUUGA